AUGAAUUCUAUAAAUUUUAUCUUUGGAUCAUUUGAACUUUUAUCUAUCUAUUUAUCUGUCCGAGACUAUUUCUUUCUUUCUUUCUUUCUUUCUUUCUUUCUUUCUUUCUUUCUCAGUCCCUUCACCUAUCUAUCUAUCUAUCUAUCUAUCUAUCUAUCUAUCUAUUUGAGCCUGUUUAUAUCUAUCUUUCUUUCUGAGACUGUUUCUAUCUAUCUAUCUAUCGAUUUGAGCUUGUUUCUAUCUAUCUAUCUAUCUAUCUAUCUCAGUCUGUUCAUAUCUAUCUAUCUCAGCGUGUUCCUAUCUAUCAACUCUGACGAAGAUCCGCUCAUAUCUAUCUAUCUAUCUAUCUAUCUAUCUAUCUAUCUAUCUCUAUCUAUCUAUCUAUUUCAGUCCCUCACAUCUAUCUAUCUAUCUAUCUAUCUAUCUAUCUAUCUAUCUAUCUAUCUAUCUAAGCCCCAUCAUAUCUAUCUAUCUAUCUAUCUAUCUAUCUAUCUAUCUAAGCCCCAUUAUAUCUAUCUAUCUAAGCCCCAUCAUAUCUAUCUAUCUAUCUAUCUAUCUAUCUAUCUAUCUAUCUAUCUAUCUAUCCACACACAUACACAGAGAGAUAGAGAGAUACCAAAUGUUGUUCCUGUUGGUGUUUCUGUCUUUCUCGUUAUUUCUGUUCCAACCAUUGUUGUUGUUCCUGUUGGUGUUUCUGUCUUUCUUGAUAUUUCUGUUCAAACCGUUGUUGUUGUUGUUCCUGUUGGUGUUUCUGUCUUUCAUGACAUUUCUGUUCCAACAGUAGUUGUUGUUCCUGUUGGUGUUUCUGUCUUUCUUGAUAUUUCUGUUCCAACAGUAGUUGUUGUUCCUGUUGGUGUUUCUGUCUUUCCUGAUAUUUCUGUUCAAACCGUUGUUGUUGUUCCUGUUGGUGUUUCUGUCUUUCUUGUUAGUUCUGUUCCAACCGUUGUUGUUGUUGUUCCUGUUGGUGUUUCUGUCUUUCUUGAUAUUUCUGUUCCAACAGUAGUUGUUGUUCCUGUUGGUGUUUCUGUCUUUCCUGAUAUUUCUGUUCAAACCGUUGUUGUUGUUCCUGUUGGUGUUUCUGUCUUUCUUGUUAGUUCUGUUCCAACCGUUGUUGUUGUUGUUCCUGUUGGUGUUUCUGUCUUUCUUGAUAUUUCUGUUCCAACAGUAGUUGUUGUUCCUGUUGGUGUUUCUGUCUUUCCUGAUAUUUCUGUUCAAACCGUUGUUGUUGUUCCUGUUGGUGUUUCUGUCUUUCUUGUUAGUUCUGUUCCAACCGUUGUUGUUGUUCCUGUUGGUGUUUCUGUCUUUCUUGAUAUUUCUGUUCAAACAGUUGUUGUUGUUCCUGUUGGUGUUUCUGUAUUUCUUGUUAUUUCUGUUCCAACAGUUGUUGUUGUUCCUGUUGGUGUUUCUGUCUUUCUUGAUAUUUCUGUUCCAACCGUUGUUGUUGUUGUUGGUGUUUCUGUAUUUCUUGUUAUUUCUGUUCCAACCGUUGUUGUUGUUCCUGUUGGUGUUUCUGUCUUUCUUGAUAUUUCUGUUCCAACCGUUGUUGUUCCUGUUGGUGUUUCUGUCUUUCUUGUUAUUUCUGUUCCAACCGUUGUUGUUGUUCCUGUUGGUGUUUCUGUCUUUCUUGAUAUUUCUAUUCCAACUGUAGUUGUUGUUCCUGUUGGUGUUUCUGUCUUUCUUGAUAUUUCUGUUCCAACAGUUGUUGCUGUUCCUGUUGGUGUUUCUGUCUUUCUUGAUGUUUCUGUUCCAACAGUUGUUGUUGUUGUUCCUGUUGGUGUUUCUGUCUUUCUUGAUAUUUCUGUUCCAACAGUUAUUGCUGUUCCUGUUGGUGUUUCUGUCUUUCUUGAUAUUUCUGCUCCAAUAGCAAAUGUUGUUCCUGUUGGUGUUUCUGUCUUUCUUGAUAUUUCUGUUCCAACAGUUGUUGCUGUUCCUGUUGGUGUUUCUGUCUUUCUUGUUAUUUCUGUUCCAACAGUAGUUAUUGUUCCUGUUGGUGUUUCAACAACUCUAUCAUUCCACUUUUAG